AUGGCCGAUUCGGGCUCUGCUGAAAUAAGGUUAGAUGUGGCUGCAACAAAUCAGCAGUCCAGCGCAUUUAGCAGCAAAGUUACGAGUGAGCUAAUGGAAAGGCAAUUACGUGGUGAUAUGGCAUUUCUUGGCCGCAACAGGAUGCCUAAUCUGAUGAAUAAGCUGGGCAGUUCAUUAGUUGAUGAUGUACAAACUUGUGGCAAUGAAAAGAUGCGUGAACUGAUGAAAAAGCAAUUCAGUUCAUCGGUUGAUGAUAUGCCAUUUUUUGACAAUAUGGUACAUAUCAUGCAUUAUGAGUUGCACGAGGCGGCUUGUGAUAAAAACGCAGAUGCAGAUAGGUUUGUAAAUCUACUGGAGCAAGCGUGUGAAGAAAAUCAUGUUGCCUUGGCCACCCUUUUCAAUCAUGUCACUCCCACAGGUGACUCGUUGCUUCAUGUUGCAGCUGAACAUGGGAGUGAACAAGUUUUAUGUCUUAUUGCUUUUCACUAUCCUAAGCUUUUGUACAGGACAAAUAUGAAAGGUGAUACUCCGCUUCAUGUUGCUGCCAGAGCCAAGAAUCUUGUCGCGAUUAAGAACAUUCUCGACAUGGAUAAGCAUUUCACGACAUCUGAAAAGGAGGCUGAAUCUAUGGACAAAGUGGAGUUUAUAAUGUUACGCAACAAUUAUGGGAGGACAGCUUUGCACGAAGCUGUUUUGAGCAAGGAUUAUUCUGUGGUUCUUUUCCUUUUAGGUGCACAUAGGCGAAGUGAUCUACCCGCCUACUGGACCUGGAACUACGAUUUUAGCUGUAAAUCGCCAAUGUAUUUAGCAGUUCUGAUAAGGGACAAGGGUAUUCUCUAUCUUCUCUUGAGGUUAAUUCCAAUCCCCUCAGGCAAAGCCAUGUCAAAUGGGGACUCUCCACUUCAUGCUGCAAUAUCAGAACGAACUAAAUAUCUAUUGAAAAAGAUUGUUGAUACGAAAAAAGAGCUACUGUAUCAAAGAGAUGAGAACAACAACACUCCCCUUCAUUAUGCAGCAUACUCUGGUUACAUGGAAGGAGUUUCUAUAAUGUUAGAAACUUCUCCCAUGAUUGCUUUUCAACGAAACUCAGAUGGCAACCUUCCAAUUCACCUCGCCUGCGAAAAGGCCAAUGUUAAAGUGGUCGAAAAGUUGCUCAAAAUAGAGUGGUCUAAUGCUGGAAUUUGGUUGAAUAAUAAAGGUCGGAACAUUCUUCACAUUGCAGCAAUGAAGGGAAAUCUUCAAGUGAUAAAAUAUCUACUGAAGCACCCCAAGAUUCAUCAUGACGCUAUCAAUUUGAGAGAUGUAAAUGGAGAUACUCCCUUGCAUUUGGCUUCAAGAGAAUUGCGUCUUUGGACUUUACUCCUUCUGUCAGAACACAAAAGGAUCAACAUGAACCUAGUCAAUAACAAAGGUUUAACAGCUCGAGAUGUUAUUUUGAUGCAAUGUAGAAUUCCACUAACAACUCGAGAGAUUCUAGCAAAUGGAAUUUUAUAUAACGCUGGUGGGAACCUGAAGGCAAAUAUGCUGAGCGUGCCACUCACAAGAUCCAUCAAUAAAGAAUGGAAUGUGACGGAUCUAGCAAACACACUCAUACUUAUGGCCACACUCAUAGCCACAGUGACUUUUGCAGCUGGUUUCACAAUACCGGGUGGGUUUUACUCAUCGGAUGGCCCAACCCCAGGACAAAGGGGUAUGGCACUUUUGGCCGAUCAAGCCCUAUUCAAUAAAUUUAUGACUUGUAACACUAUUGCUAUGUAUAGCUCCAUUCUUGCUUCGAUCAUUCUUCUGUGGGUCCGACUUGGAGAUCUUCGUGCGGCGACACAAGCAUGUGCGCAUGCUGUGGCAUUAGUUUUUGUGGCCCUUCUAACAAUGGGCGUUGCGUUUCUCUGUGCUACACGCUUGAUCGUGAGCAAUAACACUGAAGUUGCGGACAAUAUGAGUACCAUUGGAUUCACCUUCAUUUACGCAAUUAUGUUUUAUUUUAUUCUGAGAUGGUUUCCACUUCCAUGUCGCUGUCCCGUGUUUCGUCAAAUCGUAGGCUUAGUUGUUAGGAUCCAUGUUGUUUUAGCCUAUGGAUGGUCUGAUCCUUGGUACAGCGAUUUUGUCGGCAAUGUCAGCCUAGUCGAUCAAGAUGAUGCCAAAAAUCAAAUCAAAUGA